AUGAUGCUGAGCGGGCGCCCCAACAAGCAUGCGCUCAACAUCGUCGACCGCCCGAUCCCCAAGGCGCGCGGCGAGGUGCCCACGGUCAGCUUCAGCGCCUACGCCUACCUUUUUGGGGAGUUAAUAUCAUAUGCAAUGGACCGCGCCGCCAGCAUAUCGGAGCUGGAGGAGCGGCUAGACAAGGUGGGCUACGAGGUCAAACGCAAGCCCGAGGUGCUGGACAUCCUCAAGUUCAUCCACAGCACCGCCUGGCCCGCGCUGUUCGGAAAGGCCGCGGACGACCUGCAGCAGGCCAACGCGGCUGACGACGAGUACAUGAUCAGCGACCACGACCUGCUGGUGGGGCGCUACAUCAGCAUACCCAAGAGCUACGCCACGUUUGUGCCCGGCAGCAUCGUGGCGGGCAUGGUCCGCGGCAUGCUGAGCGCGGCAGGCUUCCCGGCCAGGCGAGAGGGCGUGCGUGCGGUGUCGGCGCACGCUGUGGAGCUGGCAGGCGGCGGGGGCAAGGGCGGCGGCGGCGGCGGCGGCAGGUCCAGCACGACGAUCCUGGUCAAGUUUGACGCGUCGGUGAUGCAGCGGCAGGCGGCGCUGGAGAGCGCGCGGCGGGGAUAA